ACAAGAAGCCUUCUAUUAUGUGGGCAGUGGGCACCAACAGCUUGGUUUAUGACGAGUCAUUAACCCUGGAACGUGAUCACGUGUCAUCAAUUAACAGGAGGGUUUAAUUAUUCAUGGUAUAUAUUAACCACAUAUUGACCCUACCUGUAGUCGGACAUUGCUAUCGCUUUACCGACGAUUAUUACGAGACACCACAGAGAAACAAGCAAAGCGUUUGAAGUUGUUCCUGCAGCUCUCCUGUGUCCUGAUGGAAGUUAAACAACGCUCAGCUCCUGGCAUUCCAGAAUCAAUGACCUCGAGUGUUGCAAACGUUGACCCUAUCGAGUUGGAUGACCAAAGCACUUUAGUUAUUGUUGCAUUUUCUGAUGAUUGUUCAGAGGAAACGAAGGAAUGGCUAAGGAAGAAAUUUAUCGAACCAGUACCUGAAGGCGCUGGACUACGAGUGAAGCCGGUGUUAGACCAGGAUUCCAAGAAGACAUUCCAUCUUUCAGCUUCGGAGAAACGUCUCGUGCAAGGAGCCGAAGGUCUCAGAAUCAAGAAACGGGACAAAAAUAACAAACUCAGAGAAAUCACACAAGAAAAUUGGCAAGAAUUCGAAGAAAAUUGCGAAAACAGCAACGUACGCGUUCUGAACUCUGCGGACAAACAGAGGAUAAUAUUGGACGCUUUGAAUGAUUUACGAGCACCAGAAGAAAUGGACGUCCCGGGAUGCGUGGACAAAAAGUUGUAUAUUGGUCAAGCCAUACUUCCGUUGAUCCAGGCAUACGGUCUUGUGACCCAAAUAGUUCCGUUAAACAACAGGGAUGAGCUGAACUCGCUCAAGCAAAAAUGGUACAAAACGUUCGAAUGGCGUCAACCUCUGGAUGCAAUCAAAGAUUACUAUGGAUCGACCAUCGCGAUAUAUUUUGCCUUCCUCGAGUACUACACGUUUGCCUUGGUCCCCCUGGUUCUGCUCGUCUUCACGUUCUCUAUAAUCAAUCUGGACGAACUGUGGUAUAACCUGAUAUUCGCCCUCAUCAAUGUUCUCUGGGGUACGGUUUUCCUGGAAUUCUGGAAGCGGAAUUGCGCAACAAUGACGCAUCGUUGGGGAACGUUGAAGCAAAGUUUAGCUGAAGAACAAGAGGAGGAUCCACGACCGUUGUACACAGGCGAAACACGAAUCAGUCCAGUAACUGGCAAGAAAGAGAUCCACUACCCAGAGCAUCAGCGCUACCUCAAGAUAUGUUGCGUCUCAGUACCGAUUGUUUUGUUUUGUAUUUUUAUUGCGAUUAGUGUAAUGUCCGGCUAUAUUCGUAUCCAAGACAGUCUGAAUGGACGAUACGAGAAAGAAACGGGUUUCAUGGCGACGUUUAUGACAACAAUGCCGAGUGUUCUCUACACUAUCGUCAUCCUUGUUCUCAAUAAUUUGUACCUCAGGACCGCUACGAAGUUGAACGACUGGGAAAACCAUAAACUGGAAUCUUCUUAUCAAAACCAUCUUGUUGUUAAAUUAAUUUCGUUUUUUUUCAUCAACAACUUCUACUCGUUAUUCCACAUUGCCUUCGUACUUCAAGACAUGGACCUACUAAGAAGUCAUUUGGCAGCGCUUAUGAUAACCUCACAGUUGACUGGUCAAGUCACGGAACAGCUAUUACCCUACGUUCUGUACAAGACACGCUCGACCAAAAUAAACACAGAAAGCAAAACAUUGGGUCUCUUUGGAAAGGCUGAAAACGACAUUGAAUAUCAAAUGAAGCAAGAACCGUACUGGGGUGUUUUUUGGGACUAUUUGGAACUAUUCUUACAGUUUGGCUACGUAUUUUUGUUCUCCUCUGUUUACCCAAUGGCUGCGUUCUGGGCGCUGUUCAACAACGUCUUCGAACUUAGAACGGAUGCGUUCAAGAUAUGCAAGAUUUCCCAGCGUGUGUUUGCCCAACCAUCGCAAGGAAUUGGAGCCUGGCAGACUGCAUUUGAAGUGAUGGGUAUCCUAGCAGUGAUGACAAAUUGUGCAUUGUUAGCAAUGUCUCCAAGCAUCCAACAAUGGCUACCAUCUGAUUUUUCAACUCUUAAUACCAUAUUUGUGUUUGUUGCAAUAGAGCAUAUUCUGUUAGGAAUCAAGCUUGUAAUAGCUGUGCUUAUCCCUGAUGUGCCUGGGUGGAUACAAGAGGAAUUUGCAAGAGAGGAAUACAAACGCAAAGAAGUUUUAGCAAAAAAAAGACUGCAAAGUAUAUCAUAGUUUUCAAACCAGUCUGUGAGUAAGACACUCCACAUGCAAAAUUUGGUAUGAAUAUUGUAUACAGAAUAACAAGUAUUGCUUUCCAUCUACUGAAUGGUAGAACAUCUACCAUAUAAGUCUUGGGUAUAUUACUUUCAAUUUUAAUAGUACAAACACAAUUGUGAAAUGUCAAAUAAAAUAUUGGAGAUGAAGUUUUGAAUUUCAGUCUGCACAGUAAUCUCACAGCACAAUAUUCAAAUUUUGCUAAAAAUCUGUUUAAAAUCUUACCUGGU